AUCUCCUCGUCCCCCUCCCGUAGCCACUUGGGCUCAGGCCGCUGUGCAUCGAGGUUCAUGCCCGAGAUGUCCGGGCACUGCCAGGUGCAAUGCCAAGCCAGUCUGCCCGGCCGCAGUUCGCAGCGGUUGCCCAGCCCUUCCACACGCCCAGGGGGCGCGUCGAGGGCCCAGAGGAUGCCACGGGCGACGGCGAGGCGCCGGCCCCGCCGCAGGACCUGCUGUCCGUGCUGAAGAGCAUGCUGGCCGAGCAGGCGCAGGAGCAGGGGGCGAUCGCGAAGCAGCUGGUCGACGACAGGCUUGCUGCCAUGCUGGGGGAGGUGCAGGAGAGGCUGCGCGCCGUGAGGGAGGAGCUGCGGGCGGAGCUGAACGAGAGGCUGGACAGCCAGCGCCGCGAGACGCAGGAGGAGCUCCGCUCCGUGAGGGAGGAGCUGCCGGCGGAGCUGGGCGAGGUGCUGGACGGCCGGCACCGGGCGACGCUGGAGGAGCUCCGCGCUAUGAGGGAGCGGGUGCAGGCGGAGCUGGGCGAGAAGCCACAUGGCCAGCGCCGGGCGACGCAGGAGGAGCUCUGCACGAAGGAUGACAUGAGGGCGGAGCUGGGCGAGAAGCUGGACAGCCAGCGCCGGGCGACGCAGGAACAGCUCCGCGCCAUGAGGGAGGGGCUGCAGGCGGAGCUGGGCGAGAGGCUGGACAGCCAGCACUGGGCGACGCAGGAGCAGCUCCGCGCCGUGAGGUUGGAGCUGCAGGCGGAGCUGGGCGAGAAGCUGGACAGCCAGCGCCGGGCGACGCAGGAGCAGCUCCGCGCCGUGAGAGGCCUUCUUCGCGGCAUCCGUGUGUCACCGCUGCCACCUGUCCGCCCCACUGCACUUGCAACGACCACGACGCCCGCCCGGGCGCCCGUCCGCCGAGCCCGGGCACGCAGGGCAGCGGGCCUGCCUCCGCGGCCCGGGGGCCCGAGGGCGGUGGCUCCCUCGAGCAUGCCGCGCCCGACGAGGCGAGCGCCGCCGCCGAGCGCGAGGUCGGUGACGCGUCCGAUGCCGUGCGGGCUGCAGGGGGGCGCCAGCCGACACGUCGGCCCAUCGCCAGCGGCUUCGGGGCGCUGCGGUCGGCGCUUCGGGGGUGGAGCGCACCGAGGACGGCCCGACGCGGGGCACUAGACGGGGAACCCAAAGUGGCAUAAACACACAAACUCUGAGGUCCGCGCAGAUUUCUCGGAUCGGCGCUGGGACCCCCCGGCGGCGCCUCCGUCGCCGCCCCUGGCGCACUCCGCGCGCCAGGGAGGGGAGUCCAGUGCCGAUCCGAGAAAUCCGCGCGGACCUCCGAGUUUUUAUGUUUAUGCAAUACUUUUGUGGCCCUCACCAGAGGUGUGAGCGAAGCCAUCGUGUUUCCCGCCGUCAACUCCCAAGACGACGCCGAUGGCGAGCAGCUGGACCCGCGCGCACGCGCAACCAGCGGGGGCGAUCGGGGAAAUAGUGUGAGGACGUGGACCCUCGACUGGGGCGAGGUGACGUACGCAAGCUUCACGAGAGAGCCUGGUAUGUCAUGUGUUUCUGAUUUCACGAAUAUGCUGGCACCCCGAGUGCAUGUGUCAUGGACGGACGGUUUCUCCUGAACGUGGCCUUGCAAGUUUGCAAUGGGUCACCAUUGAAGAACUCCUGGUGGUGCCUACAUGAUCUGCGGAGCGCCUGGGCGACCCACCGAAGUUAAGAUCUGGGUUUGCGUACGCAUUCGAGUAUGUGGAUAAGGCGACUCAGCGGUCGAUGGCUGCAGAGACCCGCAAUUUCAGCUGCACGUGGCCGGUGAUCAAGCAGAUUCAUUCAGAGAUAUGAGGGAAUGUCUCUACGGAUGGCUUUGUGGCGCGCUAGUCGCAGCGCCGUCCGAAUGUCACGAAAAUUGUGGAUGAGUUGUCUAGCUUCAUGGCUGUCAUGACGGUCGCGCACAUUGCUUCCAUAAGGUUGUUGCCGUCUGGCCGUGUGCCUUCCGAGAGUAGCACUGGCAGUCAGUUUUUUCUUGGUUCAGGUGAUGUGGCAGGCCAGCACGAUCAAGGCUUUUCCGGACCGCGUGACGCUUGGCGCCAUUUUCCUGGCUAUAGUGGAUAGUGCCUCCUUUGCUGCUCUGGUUUGCCCUCUGUACAGGAAAAGCUCUGAGCGGCCGUUGUCAACGCAGGUCUCGCGUGCAGCGUUUUUUCUCUAAUCGACAGAACGACCGCGCUCAACGGUCACACCGUAAUGCCAAGCCAUACCAACAACUGAACGGCGCGUUUGCCGAGGUGCUGCACUCCGCACCAGCGCAAAGGCAUCUGUCCGGCGGCAGCAUAAGUACACGCAAGGACACAGGCGUGCGCACACACGCAUAUGUUGUCUCACAUAAUGUCGUCCGCACGACGCUGGGUUGGAGAUCUCUGGUUCGGUCGAAGUGUGCGGCCCUAGCGGUGUUCGCUUGUACCACAUGACUGAAGAGUGGCGGAUUUGUGCCACACGAUGCACGCUGUCUUCUUCUUGCUUUCAAUCACUUCAGCCUGUGUAUAUUGCCGCGUUCAGCAUGUUAUGUAUACUGCCGCGUCCAUGACCCCACCGAUUGUCCAGGCGUUGUUUUUUUUGAGGGCGUCGUUCGCAACACACGCUCAAGCUUGCUCAGCCUACGUGUCCACAUGUGAUAUCCGACAGUUGGUGGCAGACAGCAGAACUCCAGUCUUCCAUUGUCUCUGAAACAUUUACCGCUGUGCAGUCCGCAGUCGCUACAAGCUUUCAUCGUAUGUUGUUGCGG